GUGUGGGUGCACUGGUAGACAAAAACGACUUUGAGAUUGGAUCGCCUCUAACCAUCAGCUGUUCUGUGAAGACGGUGCCUCAGAUACCGGACUUGGGGAACACCAUAAGCAAGAUCACAUUGGACAGGACGGCCGGGGGCAAAGAGCAGCUGCUGGCCACCUAUCAUCCUACUAAUCCUUUCCAGAAAUACAAGGAAGUGACAUCUAUCUCCGGUGGGGUUUAUGAAAUGACAGGUGGUCAAGACGGUAAUAUUGUUAGCAAUGCAAACAGCAUCGUCCUCAAACUGACCAUUGAUCCUGCACAGGCCGGGGACGCUGCUAUGUACAAGUGUACUUUUUAUUACUAUGACACUGACUAUAAUGAGGAGGUCGUAGCGUUUACGGACAAUGCUACUGCGGUUG